AUGGAGUAUACCAAGCACGACCAACAGCGCCAGUCGCCCCUCUUCGCCCUGCCAGCGGAGAUCCUCAACCAGAUCGUCUACAGCAUCCUGGAUCCCGCAGAUCAGCUCAGGUUCGACAGUGCCGGUAAAGUUCACUCCAAGUCCCGGCACCACGUCUACCCCUACUGCCGGGAGAGGGGGCCCGUCGACUGGACCAAGCCCCCGUGCCACCUGACCUACAUGGAGAAGCCAGAUCUCUAUAGGGUCCAAGCCAUGGGAACGCGUGACAUCUGUCACGUCCUUCCAGGGCAGUUUGGCGACUACCGUGGCGACUUUGGCGCCUUUGCUGCGUUUCUCAGGACGUGUACCAAAGCGUACCGUCUCUACUGGCAAAUGCUGUGGGAGAUUCCCACAUUUGAAUUUCUAAACUCGGGAGCCCUGAACGCGUUUCUGGACAAGGCCCCCUCUCAUUGUCGCGGUCUCAUCACGGACGUCCGGGUGACCUACGCCAACGAGUACUUCUCGGCCUCUACGAUGGACGACUCGGAGAAGUUUUGGUAUAAGUUGGGCUGGGAUCAGUUUGAAAAUCACAUGGUCUUGGAUUGCUUCGGUCUGCUGCCCAACCUGCAGACCUUUACCUUUGACACCAGCAUCUGGCCGCGUCUGCGGGGCGGACCGAUGCUGAUGGCGGCCCAGUUGCGGAACGAGAGCCGACUCUAUCGUCGAAUGUGCGAUACAUACGACGCACUGAGAGCCGAAGCACCUGCUGGCGUCCAGAUCAUGGCGUACCAGAGUGGGGAGAAGCACAUCCACUCCUACAGUGUCGACGCGGACAGCGCUGCCGUCGUGGAACUCGGCCAUGACGGUGAGGAUGGUCAGGACAAGUCCGACCACGAGGGUCCUAAUGAUGAAGAUGAGGUUCCCGAGUGGUUGGAUUAUGAGUUUGACCAGGCGGACACCACGUUCAUGGGGGAAGCUCUCUGGUAG